AUGUCUGAUUUGUGGAAUUUAUGGGAUGUUAAACCUCCACCAACAUGUCGAACAAAACAAUUAUUAAAUCGAAAAGAAAUAUUAAAAUUAGUUAGCGAUUUGGGUGAAAUGAUAAGUACAUUAAAUCAACUUCCACAUUUGGAUAAGGAAGCAGGACUCUUAUCGAGAUUUCUUUAUUUAAACAAAAGAGCUUUUAGACAUGAUAAAGGACUUAGGAAUUUAGUUCAGAUUUAUCAAUGUUUGAAAAGAUAUUUAAAAUUAGAUUUUUAUUCGACGGUUACCAAUUACAAAUCAACACUUCCGGUUAAUAUUUCACCGAAAGUAACUCACGCGUUUUUACCAACGAAACAAAUGCUUCAAUGGCUACUCCUGCGAUUGCAAACAUUUUCGAAAUUAUUCGCGAGAAUAAUAAAAUUAUCGACGGUUGCGAGUCAUCACAUUUACGGUAAACUUUGUUUGGGUUGGUCAAUGAAACAAACGAUAUUCAUGUACGGCAUAAAUGCGAGAUUAUUAGUCAUAUCGAAAUAUAUCGUAUCGAAAUGUAUCGAAUGGUACGAUAAAUUAUACGAUUAUUUAAUAAUUUUCGAUUCGGAUUCGAAUUUUUCCUCCUAUUAUUCGUGUCCUCGUGAUUUGAAAACGUGGUUGGGUCGUGAUGCGAAUGUGUCGCCCCUAUCGGAUAAAAAUCAAAUCAUUGAUAAUUUAUUUAAAAUGAUGGAAAUGAAAAUGAGGAGUAGGAAAAAAACGGAAGAAGAGGAUGAAACGGCCGUCGCUUAUUAUAAAUUUUUAUCAAAAUUUUUCGAAUCCGAUCGUGCGACUACGAUAUUGUCACAAUCGGACGACGUGGAAGAAGAAGAAGAAGAAGAUGGCGUCGUCGUCGUGGGAGAAGAUGAUGAUAAAAGGGGAAAAGAUACGAACGAGAAUUUAAAUGAAAGGGAAAAGAAGAGAAAAAUUGAAAAUGUCGAAGAUGUCGGAGGUGAAUAA